UAUACGACCACAGCUGUACAGCUAUAGAGAGCAGGAGCUUCUCUCUUGUCGCUUUCAAGAAGACUCCGAAAAUAUCCGAUCGCUGGGUUGCCAAGUUACCUAAAAAGACGACCGAAACCCUGCUCGAAUGCGUCUUUUGUAAUCUUGCUCUCAUCCGCAGCUACCUAUGGAUGGCCUGGAGUUGCCAAUUGUCAGGCCCACAACCGAUCGACUUGGCGAAACUCUCGGCAUGCCUGCAGCCAAAUCUCCUGUCGACAGACGGAGGGGUCCGACCAAGUUUACGGUCAAUAUACCAGAAUCGUAUCCCUCGCAGGCAGUUCAGACACAACAGCGGGCCCAGAACGUCCAGGGUAAACCGUCAAGAUGGAACACUCUCGAAUUCAAGAUCUAUGGCGUGAUUUUCGCGAUCGUAGUCCCCAUCAUGAUAUGGGUGCCCAUCCGGCUCAGUCAGCCCUCGCACCCAAACUUUCCCUUUUACCGGAACCGUCUAUCUCAAGGUUGGCUCUUUGGACGUCAAAUCGACAUCUCGGACCCACAAUACCGGUCGUUCAGAGGCAACAUUCCGUCGCUCUUAGGUCUAGCACUGGCUCAUUUGGGAUCAUCACGGAUCUUCUUCAACCUCGUCAGGCCUGCGUACCCGAAUGUAUCUCCGACGACGUUCCUCUGUAUCUUCAACGUCAUCCUCAUAGCAGUUUUGCAUGGGACGAAUGCCAUUAAGGUCUUGGUCAUCAUCUUUGGGAAUUACGCUGUUGCCAGAUGGGCGACCUCGUCUGCGGGGAUGACUGGCGGGCAGGGCAAGAUCGGUAUCGCUGCUAUCUGGGCGUAUAAUAUUGCCGUAAUCUUCGCAAACGACUAUUUCGAGGGAUAUCGGUUUGGCGCCGUGUCAAGCGCCCUGGAGUUUAUGGACAGGUAUCCGGGACUGUUGCCUAGAUGGCACGUUCAUUUCAACAUGACGAUGUUGAGACUCAUCUCGUUCGGAAUGGACCGAUAUUGGGCUACUACAGCUUCGCUGCCGGAGGAUACUAGUCAGAUGAAGACUACAGAUGCGACCAAGAUUUCACCGUCAACACACAAGGAGCGUGUGCGGACGAGCCUUCCUCAAAACGAGUACACGCUAAAAAACCUCGUCGCAUAUACCCUCUACCCGCCUCUCUACAUCGCCGGACCCAUCAUGACAUUCAACGACUUUAGCUGGCAGAUCCGGAAUCCAAUCCCGCCUACAACACGAAAUCUCCUAUCUUACGCCUUUCGAUUCUUAUCUUGUCUCCUCACGAUGGAGUUUGUCCUCCACUUUAUGUACGUCGUAGCGAUAAAGGAUACCGGAUCUUGGGGAGGGGACUCGCCGGCGGAGCUCAGCAUGGUCGGAUUUUGGAACUUGAUCGUCGUUUGGCUCAAACUUCUCAUCCCUUGGAGGUUCUUUCGAUUAUGGGCCUUGGCCGACGGGAUGGACCCACCUGAGAACAUGGUCCGCUGUAUGGCGAACAACUAUUCCUGCAAUGGAUUCUGGCGCAGUUGGCAUCGUAGCUACAACCUUUGGGUGGUUCGCUACAUCUACGUCCCUCUCGGAGGAGCAAAAAACGUCGUGCUAGCGACUCUCUUGGUAUUCACCUUCGUAGCCCUGUGGCACGAUUUGUCGUUCCGCCUCCUCACAUGGGGAUGGUUAGUGAGCUUGUUCAUCCUGCCAGAACUCGUAGCGAGCAAAAUGGUACCGGAAAGCAAAUAUUGCAAUACCAGUUGGUACCGACAUAUCGCUGCACUCGGAGCUGUCCUCAACGUGCUCAUGAUGAUGACGGCGAACCUUGUCGGAUUCGUUAUCGGUGUGGACGGAGUGCGAUAUCUCGCUCAACAGCUGAUUUCCUCUUCUGGCGGGCUUCAGUUCACUCUGUUCUCAUGUGCCUGCCUCUUUGUAGCGGUACAGGUCAUGUUCGAGUAUCGCGAGACCGAGAUACGGCAAGGGAUCCAGCGCCGUUGUUAGACAUAUCAGA